GUGAUAGCUACAUUUGACACAAUAUAUAUGGACCCAAAAAUUGUGUGGAAACAGUGAAACUACAAUCCGUUGGCUGGUGCUUUUUGAGUGUCAUCAGAAUGUCAUGCAUGGUAUGGAUAUCCAAGCGUUACCUUUAGUAAGCAAGCCAUAUACCCCAAAAAUAUUUGGGAAAGCGAAAGUUUGAGCAAAAACAGUUAGCUAGUAGGUAGAUGUGGGUAAAUCUUUGUGGAUAUAGCUAACGUACAACCACUGUUAGCUAUUUUAUAAGAACAAAAACUAUAGCUACCAGCCUGACAAGUGAAGAUGGCGACAAUUGUACCGGAAGUUGUGCAGUGCACCAUACUGAAUUUGAAUUUUAUAAGUUGUACUAACAGUUGAGGAGCUGGCUACUAGGUAGCACACGAUAUGUCUAUGCGUUGUUAAAUUGCUAUAUUUCUCAUGACACACGAUAGUAUUUGUCGGGUACGAAGGAUAGUUUGCUAGACAAAGUUGCAGUAAUGCCGAUACAUUGAGCAGAUUUUGCCUAUUGAAUAUGACCUCGUUACCGUCACCCCAGCAGUACCCAGCAUCAAGCUCAGCAUGCAGCAUAUUACCUGGGGAUGGGAGUCAAGUGCAUCCCAAAGCCCCUCUCCUGCAGAUUCUGCGUGUGGCUGGAGCCCAGGAGGACAUCUUUACCCUCAAGGAGGUGAUGCACUACCUGGGCCAGUACAUCAUGGGGAAGCAGUUGUAUGAUAAACAGAGGCAGCACAUAGUGCACUGCCAGGACGACCCACUGGGAGAGCUGCUGGAGGUCGAGAGCUUCUCCGUCAAAAACCCCAGUCCAGUCUACGAGAUGCUGAAGAAGUAUUUAGUUGUGCUGAAUUGUUCGGACGCUGCAGAGAGUCUUUCUGUGGGACGUGAGUGUGUAGAGGGCGGAGUGGAGGACCGCGGUCAGGUGUGUGGGGGAGUGGCCAAGGCGGACCUGGAAGUGGCCAGUGACGAGGCCCUCCCCAUGCAGACCCCGUCUCAGAGACGACCCCGGGAGCCUGACGAAGACUCUUUAGAUGCUUUGCCCCAGUCGGCCUGCAAACGGCCCAAGCUCGACGUCACCCUUGACGAGUGGGACCUCUCAGGGCUGCCCUGGUGGUUUCUUGGUAAUCUGCGUAACAACUACAGUCGCAGAAGCAACGGCUCUACGGACAUCCACACUAAUCAACUGUCUCCUGCGCAGGAUGAGGACACAGCGAUCGUGUCGGACACGACGGACGACCUGUGGUUCCUGACAGAGGGGGGGAGUGAACAGGUGAGUGUUGAAAUGAAGGAGGCCGUGCUGGAAGAAGGGAGUGGAGGAGAGGGAGAGCCACCACCCGAAGAGGAGGGAGGAGGAAAAGAGGAAAAGGCUGAUAAGGAGAUGCAGGAGGAGCCAGAUGAAGACUCGCAGUGUCUGAGUGACGAUACGGAUACAGAGAUCUCUACACAGGAUGCAUGGCAGUGUACAGAGUGCAGGAAGUACAACUCUCCUCUCCAGCGCUACUGCGUACGCUGCUGGGCUCUACGCAAGAACUGGUACAAAGACGUCCCACGGUUGGUCCACUCACUCUCCGUCCCCGACAUCCCAGCAUGCAGUUCUCUGGCCCCGCGCGACGAUGAGGAGGAAAGCGACACAGGCAUCGAUGUCCCAGACUGCCUCAGGACCGUGUCCGACCCAGUCAUCCUGCCCUCCCACUCCACCCCCGACCGCCCGCUGCCCCCCGGUGUUCCAGGGAAGGGCAAGGGUCCCAGGCCGCGCGGCCUGCCCAGGGAGGAGCAGCUCUCUGGGGGAGAGAGUCAGGAAAGCCUGGGGAUGGAAGUGGAGGUUAGGCCCGAGGCUCUGUUGGAGCCCUGUAAGCUGUGUCGGAUGCGUCCGCGUAACGGGAGUAUUAUACACGGCCGCACGGCUCACCUGCUAACCUGCUUCUCCUGCGCCAGGAGGCUCCACAAGUUCCACGCUCCAUGUCCCGGCUGUGGACAGAUCAUACAGAAGGUUAUAAAGACAUUCAUAGCCUGAGAGGAUUGGAACACACAGACGUAAUGUACAAGGUUAUUUAAAAUUGGAAAAAGACACAAUCACUUGCAUCAAAACCCACUCAUACGCCCCAGAGACACACAGAGUGUAGCACUUAGAAGAGCAUGUUCCCUUUUGCUCUCUGUUGCCUUGUAUUGUGUUUGCAUCACACUGCCUCUGAGCUAUGGCGCUAGUAAUGGAAGGUACAAACCCAGCAAUUUAUUUCUUGAAGUAUCCAACUAUAUACUUUUCUCUGUGCCACAUUUCAUGAAAGUCAUUUGCCACUAAAUGUAACAUCCUAGGUAUUUAUUUAUUUGAGGGCCAAGCAGCACUGUACAUAUGAAAACGCAGCUGUCAUUGAAGUUAAUUUUGACAGACAACGAUAUGUGAGACUUACGUUUUUGUUCCCGACAGAAGACCUGUGGACAUUUGUUUCCUAUUGGCCGCUGUUGUAAGUGUCCAGAAAAUGCUUUCUGCCAGUUAUCAGGCUGCUGACGUGUUUGCUGCCAUACGCUAUGUUUUAUCCCUUAAAGACCGCUCUUCUCUCCCUAGGUUAAGAUGGUAAGCUAGCUACACACUGGCUGACUACAGCUCCUCCAGUGAGUGCAGGUAUGAAUUCUCAUUGCCAUGUGUAUUCAUGGAGCCUCAGUGCCUCAAUGCUUUGGUGGUCCUCCUCUUCUCCUGUUUGGUCCUUUGUUUUUCUUUUAUAAUUUCUCUGCAGUGUUUUGUUAGUGUGUUCUUGAAAAACGAAGACAAGGGGGAUCGAAAGGAGAUUUUCGAUACAUACUUUAAAAAAAAAUCUGAUUUAUUGACAACGUUUUGGUUGCAAGGCCUAUUUUCAAGAUAAAUCAAUAAGAAACAUCUCCUUUUUAUCCCAUUGUCAUUGUUUUUCAAUAGUAUACAUACCCCCAGGGAGAAGUCUUUACCCUGCAGCACUGAUCAGAAUGCUUUGUUGUCUUACUGUCCUUGUACUCACAAUGCAAGGGAAUGUACUGCUCAGAUAAAUGUAUUUGCCUCUGUUCAAAGGCUAGUUAGUAAAAAUUUGUUGAUAUUAACGAUAACCAGUCUGAAAUAUAGUUGAAGAGGCACGUCUAGAGCCCACAAUGUGGAGUUUUUGUAAAUUAGCCCAUUUCAAUAAGGAAAUACACUAUAUACAAAAGUAUGUGGACACCCCUUCAAAUGAGUGGAUUCAGCUAUUUCAGCCACACCCGUUGC